GAUCUCUAUUAUCCCGUUCGACGUUAUCUAGUCCGUUUGUCCGCCAUGGAUGUUGUCAAGACUCUCCGAUGGCCAUCCUUCUGCCCCUCUCUUCGCAUCCCACGAAACCUCCACAAUAUCCUAACCCUAAUCCGAAGGUACCGAAUCCCAAAUGGAAGCUCCUGUCCAGAUUCAGUAUCUGCAACACCUCCAAGAGAGAGUUCGUUCUCAAGACUGCUGCCAUCUCCAUUGUGUCCGUAACCGAAGCCCUAAGACUCUUUCACAAGGAUUCCGUAGCUUCUGCUGACACCGUGGCUCCGAAGAAGUCGAUUCUUUCUGGCAUUUUGAACACGAAAUCGUGGUUUCAAUUCUUCGGUGAUGGAUUCUCUAUUCGAGUUCCGCCUGAGUUCGAAGACAUCAUGGAACCUGAGGAUUUCAGUGCUGGGUUAUCACUGUAUGGAGAUAAGGCCAAACCCAAAACUUUUGGAGCACGUUUUGCAUCUCCUGAUGGGUCAGAAGUUUUGAGUGUUGUUACUCGCCCAACCAAUCAGCUAAAAAUCACUUUCUUAGAGGCCAAAGAUAUUACAGAUUUAGGAUCCUUGAAAGAGGCAGCAAAUAUCUUUGUUCCAGGUGGGGCAACCUUAUACUCUGCACGCACGAUCAAAAUCAAGGAAGAUGAAGGUCUCAGGACCUACUAUUUUUAUGAGUUUGGCAUAGAUGAACAGCAUGUCGCAUUAGUGGCUGCUGUUAACAGUGGGAAGACAUUUAUUGCUGGAGCUACUGCUCCACAGUCUAAAUGGGAAGAAGAUGGUUUAAAGCUUCGCUCUGCUGCCAUAUCAAUGUCUGUCCUAUAAUCAUCCAUAGGAAACAUCUAUUGAACAGCUGUUGAAGGGCAAGUCUAAGGACCUGAAGGUCUGAAAUCCAUCCCUUUGGAAGAGACUCGAGAAGGCUUCUGAAUGCAAUCUUGUGCUUGAGCAAGUCUGAGAUGUCUUCCUUCCAUCACAGAUACCCAAUUUUGCAGCACACUGCCUACUGAAUUAGGUGAAGGUUCCUUCAGUUAUGAAAAAGCUGUAAUGUCCACUGCCAUGUCAAAGAUGCAGCCAAGUGGUUGUGCUUUUCAAGGACUUCUGCUUAAUAAUGGGAUCAAGGCAUUGGAAAUUUUGUAAACAAAACAACCUGAACCCUGCUAUGAUUCAUAUAGAUAACAUUUACAGAAAAUUUUCAUCUGUUUUGCCUGAUAAAUUACCCACAUCUUCACAAUCCACACUACAGUAUUUGCAUGGACCAUAUAAUUCCUUGUAAUAUUACGAAAAAAAAAAAAACCGAUGAUUAUAUGGCAAGGACCACUUAAUGGGUACAGUUUUUGA